CAGUGUGCUCCAUCGCGCGCUGUCGCCAUCACCGGUCACGAGUUUGGGCGACAGCAGCGGCGGAUCAGGAUAACCUCGCCCACCUGCUAACCCAGUAAUCCAUCUUCGUUUUCGCUAUCAAACGCCACCAUCACGGCACGUCGGCAUCGCUACCUGCCCGCCCCGCGCUGUCAGCCGCACCGCCGAAACCGCGCGUCUUGCCCGCCCACAGAGACCAACGGCUCGAUCCGCCACCCACACCGUCUCUUGGACCGAGCCAGAGCCAAGAGCCCGGGAGAGAAACGAAGCAGCCACCCCCACCAUGGCGACGACGCGGCCGGCGCGCAGCGACCCGCACCUGCCGCUGGAAGAGGCGGCACGGGUGGAAGCCGAGGUGCGGGGCUACUUCGACAGCGUCGCGCUGAGGCGCCCGGCCAAGCCGCCGCGCAGCGACCCGUCGGAGGACUCCGGCGCGUCUGGCGCUAAGGCCGACGGGGACAGUGACUUGCCGGAGCUCCGCAAACUCCGCGACCUCGAGGCGAAGCCCCUGAAGCUGGUGUUGGACGGAGGAGGGGAUGUGGACGGUGGGGAGGAGUACGUGGAGACGCGGUACUAUGAUGGGCUCAACUGCAUCGACAAGCAUCAUCACACGACUGGUACGGGCUUCAUCAAAGCUGAAAGACCCGAUGGUAGCUCCCUCAACAUGACGACCGUUGGCUACUCAUCUGCUAGCUUUGUCCACUGCAUGAGUAAUCCGGCAACAAAUGAUUGGAUACCAUCUUCUGAAACGUUUGCAGGUCAUUCCAGCUUCGAACAAGCCUAGCAGGAGCGACUCCUGAGGCCUGGCCGGUUCUUUUUCUCCCUCUGAUUUGUGGUUGUUUACCGAUCGUUUCAAGAAAAUAAAGAGCAGACGGUGCAACCACUUCCUUGUGAUAUCAGGGGAAGACAAACGAAGGUCGAAGGGUAGAAGAACGAGAUGCAGCUGCCAGGUUGGAGACGAGGUGUGUGAGACUGCUAUGAACACAAGUGUACUGUACCUCGACGCAUAUAACUUGUUGCUGUAAAUUGUACUUGUGUUGAGGAUGAACUCCAGACCUUGAACGAAUGUGAGUGGUUUGAUCA